GCAGGUUAGGGGCCGGUUGUGAUCUAGACGUUUGGAGAAUGUGAUGUAUGUUUCAAAGCUGAAGAAUCUUUGGCGGGCGCAAAUCUAAAUGAAACUUCUUUUCUGGGCCACUUUUUUGCCAGGCUACCGUAAUUCUCUUUUGUGGGCAUGUUUAUAACAUUAUUGGAAACAAAAUGGACAGAUGGACGGUCAAGAGGCAUGUAUACCAACAGGAUAACAAUAAAUCAUAUCCACUUGCUCCCUCCUACAUCAGUGUACCUCCCUGUAAAAUUUCUGGAAGUGAAAAAGUUACAAUUGAUGACUCACUUGAGCUUGAUAUCACCAAAGAAAUUGCGGAGUUCUGUAGAAUUUCUACAAAGAAAUUGUACAAAACUAUUGAUCCGGUGAAUUCCGAAUAUCAGCAUAGGGUGCAUCGUAAGAUAGAAGUUCAAAUCCUUCCUCUGAGAAAGUUUUGGGUUCAUCGGUUAGAAAAGUUGCAGGCACAAUAUGUCCCACUCUAGGCCCUGCUCUUCAGCAGAGCCCUCACUUUGUUUCGAUGUUAACAAAACGUCUGACGUUUUCUUGAGCUUUCGUGGCCCAGACACCCGUGAAGGGUUUGUGAGACGACUGUACAGUGCCCUUGAUCGAGAAGGCAUUAACACAUUCUUAGACGAAGAAAGCUUAGAAAAGGGCGACCAUAUCCCUUCUUGUUUGGAAACAGGAAUCAAGGAAAGUAGGAUUUGCAUUCCUAUUUUCUCCAAAAGAUUUCCGGAGUCAAAAUGGUGCUUGCAAGAGGUGUCGCUUAUGGUUAAAUAUGGGCUUAAAAUCUGUCCCUUGUUUUAUGACGUUUUACCUAAGGAUCUUCGGUGCUGGGAUGGAAGUGAAUAUGCAGAGUACUUCAAACAGCAUGAAAGCCAGCAAAGAUUAUCCUCCGAGUUAAUCCUUGAAUACAAAAAUGCAUUAAGGAAUGUUUCCGAUCUAAAUGGUUGGUGUUUCAAUCAAUUAAACGGCAGGGAUGAUGAUUUGCUGAUUCAACGUGUUGUGGCAGAUGUUCAGAAAAGCUUACAUUCAAACAAAAUGUAUCUGGAUAUUUCAGAAUGCUUUGGUUUGGACGGGUCGGUAAAUAAUCUCAAGAGAUUAUUAAAUGUAGUGGGUCAUCAGAAGAAGAUGGUGAAAGUGGGUUUACAUGGCAUGGGUGGGAUUGGUAAAACCACGCUGGCAAAGAUUGUUUGCAAAGAACUUCCUUUCUCACAGUUCCAAGUGUUCUGUUUUGUUCCAAGCGUGGGAGAAAGAAGUCAAGAGGCGAACGGGCUUGUAAAGCUGCAGACCCACAUGCUCAAAUGUAUCUCACGGUUCAGAGGUGAAGUAGACCAUGUUGAUCAAGGCAAAGGUUUGCUACAAGACUGGCUGAGGGGCAAGAGAAUUCUGCUUCUCCUCGAUGACAUUGAAAGUGCUGAGCAGCUCGAAGCUCUCGCAGGAAAUUACAGGGAUUUCGGGGUAGGCAGCUGUGUGAUCAUUACAUCACGGGAUGAACACAUCCUGAAAAUGGCUAACGUUGAUGUAAUCUACGAGGUACGAAGGCUUGCUUACAAUCAUGCCAUGCAGUUGUUUAAUUUUCACGCAUUUCUUAAUUCCUGCUGUGUAGAUCAAGAGCUGCAAACUCUGAGCCAUGAUAUAGUCAGUGCCUGUGAAGGCCUUCCUCUUGCCCUCCAACUUCUUGGGAAAAGCCUGUUUGGUGAAGGGGAUAGAGAUGUAUGGAAAGAAAUGGUAGGAAAGUUAAGGUGUGAACCUAAUCUCCAUAAGAAACUUAGAGUCUCCUACGACAGCCUUGAUUCCUUAGAAAAGGAAAUGUUUCACGAUAUUGCUUGUUUUUUUACAUGGAGGGAGAAAGAAAUUGUUAUGAUCUUUUGGGAAGGGUUGAUUCAGAGUCCUCACGCAUCUCUUAGAAGUCUCUUGCAAAAGUCCUUUGUAAGCUUUGGCUGUAGCAACGAAUUCCUGAUGCAUCGCUGCCUCCGGGAUUUGGGAAGAAGUAUAUCAAAUGAAAUAUCUAGAGAGCCUCGUAAACGCACAAGAGUAUUUGAUGAGGACGAUGCGCACCAUGUUUUACGGCAACCCAGCAAAAAGGCCAAGCUUGUGCGUUAUUUUUCGUAUGAGCCCAAGGAGCCGAUGACAUUGAAGGCAGAAAUGUUCAAAUCACUGUACAAUUUGUGGUUUCUUCGGCUUGCAGAUAUUGGCAUUGAAGGGCACUUUUCUGAGGAAUUCUCCUUGGGGGAUUUGAGAUGGCUAAGCUUGAGAAAAUUUUCAUCAAAACGGCUACCUCAAGGAAUGAACUUGCGAAGCCUUGUUAUUCUGGAAGUGACCGAUAGCCAGAUCACUCAUUUGUGGGACGAAACGACAGAAGAUCCAACUAUGAGACCUGGGAAUCUUAAAGUGCUUAUUUUGAGGGGAUGCGCAUCCCUGGAGAGUCUUCCUGCCACACUGUGUUAUACACCGUUGCAGAUGCUGGACUUGCACAAUUGCCAUUCAUUGAGCAGCCUGCCUAAUACCGUUGGAAGCUGGGCCAGCUUAGUUACUCUCGACAUGGAAGGAUGCAGUGUUUCUUCUUUGCCUCGAGACUUUGGCGAUCUUGUGAAUCUGAAGGAACUCAAUCUCUCACGUUGUAGAAAUCUGUCUGUAAUUCCCGCUAGCUUUGGGAAUUUGACUCGGCUAGAAAGGCUAGAGAUUCACCACAAUGAUAAGCUUACAGAGCUACCCGACAGCUUUUGUGGCCUGAAAUCUUUGGCUCAUCUGGAUUUCAGCUAUUGCCAUUCACUGAGCAGUCUCCCUAAUACAGUGGGAAGCUUGAUCAGCUUAGUCUGUCUCGAAAUGGAAGAAUGCAGCAUUUAUUCUCUGCCUCAAAACUUGUGCAAUCUUGCAAAUCUUCAGGAGCUGAACCUUUCAUACUGUCAACACCUGUCUAGCCUUCCCGCUAACUUUGGGAAUUUGACACGGCUAGAAAGGCUACAAAUCCCCCACAUUCCUGGGCUUACAGAGCUACCCAACAGCUUUGGCGGCCUGAAAACUUUGGCUUAUUUGGAUGCCAGCUAUUGCGGACUGACAGACAAUGGACUACCAGCCACAAUAUCCGAACUGUGUGCACUGAAAAUCAUACAUCUUGAAGGUAACAGAAUCUGCCGUCUUCCUAGCGGCUUGGAAAAGUUAACACAACUUGAAGAGCUGCAUGUGGACGAUUGCAGAGAACUUGCCGUACUGUCGGCGCUUCCAUCAUCGUUGCAACUGCUCUACGCCCGCAACUGUUUCGGUUUGAACACAAUCUGCUGCCUUCCAGCAUUGCCAAGCCUAAUGACAUUAGACGUUAGCAAGUCCUGCCACCUCACUCAAUUGCAUGGCCUGGUAUCGUUGAAGCAAUUAACCACGCUCAAUCUUGUGGGCUGCAGUGGUAUCUUUUCUUGUGGGGUUCUCGAAAGCUGCUUGACUGGUCUCACAGCUCUCGAGUGCGUUUUUGUUGGCGGGCCCGGUGUCUCAUCUGCUCAAUUACAAAUUUUUUAUGAUUCCUACAAGGACUUCUCUUUCAGGGAAAAUUGUCUCCUGGCUAAUCUAGACGCUCCUGUAAAUUGGCUACAAGGGGAGGCAUGCGGACAGGACGGCUAUAGCAUUGAUUAUUGCACGGAGAAGAAUAAAGUUGAGAAUUGUGCAGGAUAUAUUGUUUGUUUGGUCUCCUCUGGCCAAGUCCAAAUACGUGAGGAUUGUGGGGUAAACCCAGGUAUUAACAGGCUGAGCUACACAAUUGAGAGGGAUGAUAGUUUACUUACAUGUCCAGUGAACCAUCAAAACUCAACCAUAGAUGGUGGUGAUUACUUGGAAGUGCGCCUUGUAAGAGCAGAGACCACGCCAGACUUUGCUUGGUUGAAGGGGGGUGAUAAAGUGAGGGUGAAUGCAAGGUCUGAUUAUGAGAAUUGGAAGGCAUCUUUUAAGUUUCUAAUGUAUGAAGAAACUACGCCCUCUCAUGGACAGAAGCCUCCCAAAAUGAUCACUUUUGUUAUGUAAAACAAGGUGACAAUGUUUAUUCAAGUCUUUAUUGCCAUACAAAUAUUUAUUCAUUUUUCUGAGGUAUUAAUUA